GUGUAGAGCUCUCGAUGCUAAGGCAAACGCUAUUAAUUAUUCUACUCGUUUGCUUGCUGCUGCUCUGUUUGCCCUUAGAAGCUUGCAUGGGUGGCGCUUCGGCUCCAGAAACACCGGCAGCACCAGCGGCGGCAGCUCCGGCUGUGCAAUGUUGUGGAAAGUAACUGCGUCACUCGCUGUGUUGUCAAUGCGAUGAUAGUGGCGUCGACAGUUCAUUGGAGAUCAUCUUAUCGAUAUACUCAUUGUAUUUAAGGAUUCAACAUUUUGUAUGCGAGUGCUUAAAUGUCCCUGCCGUAUCUUUUCUUUUGCUAGGUAUCUUAUGUUCAAG